AUGGAAAUGAAGAAAGUAGUGUUGAAAUUGGAAUUGUACGACGAUAAGGCUAAGAAGAAAGCCAUGAGGGCAGUCUCAGGGCUUGAAGGGCUUGAUUCAAUUUCCAUGGAUAUGAAGGACAAGAAACUGACGGUGAUAGGGGACGUAGAUCCAGUAAAUUUGGUGAGCAAACUGAGGAAGCUUUGCCACACAGAUAUAGUCUCAGUGGGACCAGCAAAAGAGGAGAAGAAGAAGGAGGAGUCCAAGAAAGAGGAGCCGAAGAAGAAGGAGAAAGAUCCAAAAGAAGAAAUGGCUGAUAUUAUAAGGGCCUACCACGCCCAUUAUCCUCCUAUGCCUGUACACUAUUACAUAACAAACCCAGAAGAGGAUCCCAAUUCUUGUGUCAUUUGCUGA